AUGAACAUAUCUGAUUUUGAUUAUACACCACGCGGAUUUGUAUUUGCUGAUUUUAAUGAUGAUAAUCGGCUUGACCUUGUAUUUUAUUCUAAAUCUUAUACGACUCUGAAUCUACUUUUUGGAAAUGGUAAUGGAAGUUUUGGAGCAGAGAAUAUUAUUCCAAUGAAAAGUUUUAAGUUCUUGUCUUAUAUUGAUGUUGGUGACUUCAAUAACGAUAAUCGCUCGGAUCUCGUUUUAGUCAAUGACACCCAUCUUGGUGUUUUCUUUGGAAAUGGCAACGGAGUUUUUGGAGCACUUAUUAGAUUUGAACUGGGAAAGGAAUGCACGCCAGUUGACAUCACUGUAGCUGACUUCAAUCAUGACAAUUACUCAGAUAUCGCUGUUGUUAGUGCGGAUAGUAAUAAUAUUUGUGUGUUUCUAAGAAAAAGUAACGACAAUUUUUCAUCGCCAUUUAUUUUUUCUACUGGACAAAAUAGUGAGCCUCAAUCAUUAAUUGUCAGUGACUUUAACGGUGAUGGUCACUUAGAUAUUGUUGUGAGCAAUAAUAAUGCUGUGAAUGUUGGUGUAUUUGUUGGGUGUGGUAACGGAACUUUUGAAGUACAGAAACAGUCUUUCACUUUCUAUGGUUCCAAUCCGACUAAUCUAGCAGUCGGUGAUUUUGAUGGUGACACUUAUCCAGAUGUUGUUACCUCUAAUAUUGGCGACAACGUUAUUUGUGUAUUGUCUGGAUAUAAUAAUGGAAUUUUUAACAUCAGCCAGAAGUUUUCUAUAAAAUCUGUUUUGACAGCAUCUUCAGUUACUGUAGGUGACUUUAACUGUGAUGGUCAUUUGGACAUCGCUAUUGGAACGACUGAUCCAUAUGGCGUAGAUGUGCUACUUGGGUAUGGAGAUGGUCAUUUUGAUACGCAAACAAUAUUUCGGCCUGAGACUGUUGAUGAAAAUAUUUGGAUCGCUGUUCAUGAUUUUAAUGGUGAUACUUAUCAAGAUAUAAUUGCUAUAGAUGAUCACCUUAAUACUAUAGAUAUUCUUUUAAACAUAUGUGAAUGUUGCACGCAUGAAAUUCUCAAGAAAAGCAACUCCAGUCUCCAAUAA